AUGGUCUCCAAGCCUUACUAUUCGCAGUUGAUCAAGUUAAAAAUGACCUGGCGCUCGCUACCCCUAAACGUGUCUGGUGAUGUUUUUCCCUGCUGUGGAAGUAGAUAUCAACAGCUGAGAUUAGUCAACAACAAGGCCUGCACUGCUCGGCCCUAUGCCAUCAUUCGACCAAGAACAACUGAAGAUGUUGCUUUGGCGGUCAACUUUGCACACAGGCAUAGAAUACAGAUAAGUGUAAGGAGUGGUGGACAUGGAUAUACCUGUAAUCAAAUCAAGGAAGGAGCAAUCCUCAUAGAUCUAAGAGGGUUAAAUAAAAUUAGUCUGAUUAAAACUGGAAAAAGUAGAACAGGUUUAGCCGCUGUACUGGGCACAGGAUCAACAUGGGGCGAUGUUCAAAGAAAAAUCCCAUUGGAUAGGUAUAGCUACCCCCAUGGGCAGUGCCGUAGUGUAGGGGUUGGCGGGUAUCUACUGGGGGGAGGAGUCAACUGGCUAGGAACCUUCAAUAAAUACGGAUAUGGUGCUGAGCAAAUCCUUCAGAUGAGAGUUGUUACCGCUAAUGGGACUAUUCUUGAUCUUCAUCCAGGAUACACAGUAAAAUAUCCAAAGUAUCCCCACGAACCAAUACAAACUAUUCAGAACCAGUACGAGAAUGAUCUAUUCUUCGCAAUGCGAGGGGCUGGAUCUAGUUAUGCAAUCGCAACAGAGUUUCUAUAUACCAUUCAUCCAACACCAGAAACGAACCCAGCUGUACUAUUGGUUUGGGUAACAGAUAAAACUGAUUUGUGGAAACUUCAGGCAGCAGCUACUGGUAGCUCGAAGUACAGUGUAUCAGUUAACAAUGAGUUUGCUGGCGACUUUUGGAACAAUUUUAAAACAAGGAUAGUUUACAAAUUUCUACCAACAAUACUUACUAGUUUAAAGAUCAUCCACAGAUCAGGAGACCUCCCACUCUUCCUCACUAUAACUGAUAUUAGACCGUAUGCUGGCGAAUUUACAGACCCUGUAGAAGCAGCCAGAUUUCUUGAAAAAUAUGGAGUGAAUCUAGUCUACACUAAUCCUGUUAUUGUCAAAGCAUUUGACUCAUUUGCCAGAUAUUUGUAUGAGAUGAAUAUCAAAGAGCAAGAAGUUCAACCAGCCGGAGAAUACCAUCUAGCAGGUGUUCAUUUAGGGGGUAUGGCUGACACCACUGCAUUAGAAGAGGUAUUCUUCCGAAAUCCCACUUUCGGAAUAAAAAGAACGAAUAAUCAGAUGUUCCGAGAACUGGGAUGUGAUUACUGCUUCUGGGUCAUUCAUUUCAGAAAUAGACAAUCGUUUCCGAGUGUUGAGUAUCCCAUCUCUACCAAUACAGACAACAAUCUGGUGCAUGGGGUAGACUCUAACCUAGUCUGUCUAUUCAGGAAUAGGAAUUCUGAAUGUCCCAGAGAAGUUAUAAGGGUGAAGAAAACAAUGGAAAAAAGAUUAGAUCAUUAUAAUCUGAGCUAUAGCAAGUACUACAACUUCCCUAGCUGUGACAGUGAGGAUUGGAUGUGGAAAUAUUGGGGACAAAAUUAUUAUCAACUACUUGCUAUAAAGAGUUUUUGGGAUCCCGAGAAUAUAUUUCACUCUUGUCAGAGCGUGGGAAGUACAGACAAUUCAUGUUGUCCUUUUACGCUCAACAAACCAAACGGUCGAGGCCGACCGUAAACUUAAUAGAAGGUCGACCUUAAACGGCAGAAGGUCGACCGUACACAGCAGAAGGUCGACCUUAAAAAGCAGGAGGUCGACCUUAAACAGCAGGAGGUCGACCUUAAACAACAGAAGGUCGACUGUACACAGCAGGAGGCCGACCUUAAACAGCAGAACUUAUGGGUCGAUGUCGACAGUAAUCUGCAGAUCUUCUUGUCGAGGUCAACUUUCUGGAAGUACAGCAGAUCAUACGGCCGAGAUCGACUGUAAGCAACAGAUCUUGCAUGUCGAGUUCAACCUUU